UGGUUGAACGGACCGACCCGGAAGGGUGGAUUCUCCGGGCUGGGGAGAAGGGACUGCCCGGUGGCGGGAAGAUUUUUGUAGGAGAGCGGCUGAAAGGAAAGAAAUUUGGAUCUCCAGUUCAGUUUUAGAAUGGCAUCCGUUUCAGCUCUAACCGAGGAACUGGAGUCUAUAACCAACGAGCUACAUGCAGUAGACGUUCAAAUUCAAGAACUUAUGGAAAGACAACAAGAGCUUAUUCAGAAAAAAGCAGUCCUAACAAAGAAAAUAAAGCAGUGUUUAGAAGAUUCUGAUGCUGGGGCAAGCAACGAUUGUGAUUCUUCCCCUGAUGCUUGGAAUAAAGAAGAUUUUCCAUGGUCUGAUAAGGUUAAAGAUGUUCUGCAAAAUGUCUUUAAACUCCAGAAGUUCAGAUCGCUUCAGCUUGAAACUAUUAAUGUAACAAUGGCUGGAAAGGAGGUAUUCCUUGUUAUGCCUACAGGAGGUGGAAAGAGCUUAUGCUACCAGUUACCAGCAUUAUGUUCAGAUGGUUUUACACUCGUGAUUUGUCCAUUGAUCUCUCUUAUGGAAGACCAGUUAAUGGUUUUAAAACAAUUAGGAAUUUCAGCUACCAUGUUAAAUGCUUCUAGUUCUAAGGAGCAUGUGAAAUGGGUUCAUGCUGAAAUGGUCAAUAAAAACUCCAAGUUAAAGUUAAUUUAUGUGACUCCGGAGAAAAUUGCAAAAAGCAAAAUGUUUAUGUCAAGACUAGAGAAAGCUUAUGAAGCAAGAAGAUUUACUCGAAUUGCUGUGGACGAAGUUCACUGCUGCAGUCAGUGGGGACAUGAUUUCAGACCUGAUUAUAAGGCCCUUGGUAUCCUAAAGCGGCAGUUCCCGAACACAUCACUAAUUGGGCUGACUGCAACUGCAACAAGCCAUGUUUUGAAGGAUGCUCAGAAGAUUUUGUGUGUUGAUAAGUGUUUCACGUUUACAGCUUCUUUUCAUCGGCCAAAUCUUUAUUAUGAGGUUCAGCAGAAGCCCUCAAACACUGAAGAUUUUAUUGAGGAUAUUGUGAAGCUCAUUAACAGGAGAUACAAAGGGCAAUCAGGAAUCAUAUACUGUUUUUCUCAGAAAGACUCUGAGCAAGUUACUGUUAGUUUACAGAAUUUGGGAAUUCAUGCAGGUGCUUACCAUGCCAAUAUGGAGCCAGAAGAUAAGACCAAGGUUCACAGGAAAUGGUCAGCCAAUGAAAUUCAGGUAGUAGUGGCAACCGUUGCAUUUGGUAUGGGAAUUGAUAAACCAGAUGUGAGGUUUGUUAUCCAUCAUUCAAUGAGCAAGUCUAUGGAGAAUUAUUACCAAGAGAGUGGACGUGCAGGUAGAGAUGACAUGAAAGCAGACUGUAUUUUAUAUUAUGGCUUUGGAGAUAUAUUCAGAAUAAGUUCAAUGGUGGUGAUGGAAAAUGUGGGACAACAGAAACUUUAUGAGAUGGUGUCAUACUGUCAGAACAUAAGCAAAUGUCGUCGUGUGUUGAUAGCCCGACAUUUUGAUGAAGUAUGGAACUCAGAUGCUUGUAACAAAAUGUGUGAUAACUGCUGUAAAGACAUUUCAUUUGAUAGAAAGAAUAUAACAGAGUACUGCAGAGAUCUAAUCAAGAUCUUGAAGCAGGCAGAGGAGCUGAAUGAAAAGUUAACUCCGCUGAAACUGAUUGAUUCUUGGAUGGGAAAGGGUGCAGCAAAAUUGAGAGUAGCAGGUGUUGCUCCUCCUGUACUUCCUCGUGAAGACCUGGAGAAACUUAUUGCGCACUUUCUUCUACAUCAGUAUCUUAAAGAAGACUACAGUUUUACAGCUUAUGCUACCAUUUCCUAUUUGAAAAUAGGACCUAAAGCUAAUCUUCUGAACAAUGAGGCACAUGUUAUUACCAUGCAAGUAAAGAAGCCUACACAAAGCUGUUUCAGGGCUGAAUCAUCUCAAACUUGUCAUUCUGAACAAGCUGAUAGAAAGAGGCAAGAAAAAAAAUCAGGGAACUUCCAGAAGUCUGCAAACAUGCUUCAGCAAUCUGAUUCUAAGGCUACAGGAGCUAAGAAAAGAAAACUUGAUGAUGUCUGAGAUGUGUUACUAAAU